AUGAAGCUUACAUCCAUUGCAGUCGCUCUUUUCCUCUCCCUUUUUGUCAAUGCGAGUCCCAUCGCUGAUGCUGAAGAUAACGCUGCCGCAGCCUUGGAAGCCCGCAGCGUUAAGUGUCGAUUCAAGCACUACGGCUGGAAGAAUGUGCAGUGCUUCACCCAGGGUGGUGAUUGGGAACAUUCUUGGUUUGAGGUCGGAAAAAAUACUGCCAUAAAUGCGAAGAAUCUUGAUAUGACUACCUGCAAUAUCAAGGAUAUUCCUAGCUGCUAG